AUGUUAAAGUACUUUCAUGAUUUAUCCGAUGAAUAUGCCAAAAGUACAUACAACCCUCAAACUAUGAGUGAGUGCAUCUAGGGUGUGUAUGAGUAUCUGAAGUAAGAGAAGAACGAAGAUCAAUUCGUCAUCAACAAUGGAGGAAUAAAACUCAUCCAUCAAUCUUAAUGGCAUUUCGAAAAGUAAUACUCAAUCUGUUUAACAUUCAAUCCUCAAGGAGAUGGAACGCUCUUCUAAUUUUCAUCCUCUCAUGUCGAUGGCAAAAGAAUAAUCGCCAAUGGAGUUCAUUGUUAUAUAAUGGCUGGGGUAGUAUUCUAUAAGAAUGUGUACCAGAGAUUCACUCUAGAGAAGGUUAUUGUGGAGGAUUACUCUUCCAAUAAUAAGUUGGGGGACGUCAUCAUGGAUGGGUGGAACGAACUAAUUAUUUCACAUGAAUGUGGAAAACUAUAUUCCAGACCAAAGUUUAUAUAUUCAAUUAAUCAGAAAAAAAACACUUUGCAGAUUGAGUAUCCCAAAAUCAGGAAUCAGAAUCUUGAGCUCCUCUACUUCUAGCACAUUAAGUGCAAAGUCAAGGAGAUCUCCGUUUAUAGUGAAGUCGUGGAUCUCCAUCUGAAAUCCCCCUUUUAUUCAAAUCUACCCAUUGUACGAUCCUCACCAAACCUAAAGAGUCAAAGACCGAAUCCAGAAUGUAGUUUAUGA